UCCAGAUCAGAAACUGUUAACCAUAAUAGAAAGGAUGAAGAACUACUGACUGUCGUUAUUCUGUGGGUUGUGAUUUUCAGAUGGGAGUACCAAGGGCUUCUUCCAGGACAUAGUGUCUGCCACACCCCUUCUGGUGUCCCCUGAUAUGCAGCACAGAUGAAAACGGCAAGUGGCCUGGCUUUCCUUCUGUUCGACUUCCUUGCCUGCCUCAUCUUGGUCCAGCUGCUCAUGCCUUGCUCAGCUCAGUUUGCGGUACAUGGACCCCCUGGACCCAUCCUGGCCAUGGUAGGUGAAGACGCUGAUCUGCCCUGUCACCUGUCCCCGAUGAUGAGUGCAGAGACCAUGGAGCUGAGGUGGGUGAGAUCCAGCCUUAGGCAGGUAGUGACCGUGUAUGCUGGUGGAAAGGAAGUGGAGAACAAACAGACCCCUGAAUAUCGAGGGAGAACUUCCAUUCUACGAGGUGACAUCACUGCAGGAAAGGCCGCUCUCCGAAUACACAGCGUCAAAGCCUCUGACAGUGGAAACUACCUGUGUUAUUUCCAAGAUGGCAACUUCUAUGAAAAAGCCAUCGUGGAGCUGAAGGUAGCAGCACUGGGUGCUGAUCUGCACAUGGAAAUGAAGGGUUAUGAGGACGGAGGGAUCCAUCUGGAGUGCAGGUCCACCGGCUGGUACCCCCAGCCCCACGUCCAGUGGAGAGAUGCCAAGGGGGAGGUCAUCCCGGCUGUGGCAGCACCUGUGGUUGCAGAUGGAGCGGGCUUGUAUGCAGUGGCAGCAUCUGUGAUCAUGAGAGGAAGCUCCGGAGAGGGGGUAUCCUGUACCAUCAGAAAUUCCCUGCUCCAGCAGGAAAAGACAGCCAGGAUUUCCAUCGCAGACCCCUUCUUCAGGAGUGCCCAGCCCUGGAUCGCCACCCUGGCAGGGACCCUGCCCAUCUCGCUGUUGCUUCUCACAGUGGCUAGUUACUUCUUGUGGCAACAGCAGGAGAAAAAAAUGACUCUGUUGAGGGAGAAAGAGAGAGAGCAAGAGAUGAGAGAAUUGGCACAGAGCACAACGGAGCAGGAACGAAGCACAAGAGAGAUGCUCGAGGAAGAACUCAAGUGGAGAAAAAUCCAGUACAUGGCUCGUGGGGCGAAGUCUCCAGCCUAUAAUGAAUGGAAAGUGGCCCUCUUCCAAGCUGCGGAUGUGACUCUGGAUCCAGACUCGGCAAACCCCAUCCUCCUUUUGUCUGAGGACCUGAGGAGUCUGCAGCGUGCAGAGGAGAAACAGGACCUUCCAGACAUUCCUGAGAGAUUUAAUUGGCAUCACUGUGUGCUUGGGCAAGAGAGCUUCACAUCAGGGAGACAUUACUGGGAGGUGGAGGUGGGGGACAGGCAAGAAUGGCACAUUGGAGUGUGUAGGAGGAAUGUGGAGAGAAAAGGUUGGGUCAAAAUGAUACCUGAGAAUGGAUUCUGGACUAUGGGACAGUCCGGUGAGAAUAACUAUCGGGCUCUGACUGAACCCAGGACCAAACUGACGCUUGCUGGACCGCCUGAAAGAGUGGGGGUUUUCUUGGACUAUGAGACUGGGGAGGUCUCCUUCUACAAUGCCAUAGAUGGAUCUCAUAUUUACACCUUCCUGCGCACCUCCUUCUCUGGGCCUCUGUGUCCUGUUUUCAGAAUUUUGACGUUGGAGCCCACUGCACUGACCAUUUGCCCAGCACCAAAAGAAACGGAGGGACUGAGAAUGCCAGGCUCUGUUCCUGACCUAGCUCCUGACCUUUCCCUGGAGACUCCAGUGACCUCAGGCUUAGCUAAUGAAACUAGGGAGCCUCAGGGUGAAGUGACAUGUCCCCUUCUCCCUGCCCAGUCUGGAGCUGAAGUCUCCCCAUCCACAGCAACCAUCACAACCAUAAAGCUACAUGCACAGCCUGAAGCACUUUACUCAUUCAAUUAUUCCAUAUGACAGUGGUUUGAGUUUGGCGCCACUUUAUUGUCCCCUUUGUACAAGUAAGAACUCUACAUAAAGUGAAUUAGCUUUCCAAAGGUGACAUGGCUAGCAAACGACACAGCUGGGAUCCGAACAAUAACUACCAUUUACAGACUUAAAAUACACUGGGUAUAUUUUAAAUAAAUGCACUAAGUGGAUUUCACUCAUUUAAGCCUCACA